ACCCCUCUUGAUCUCCGCCACUGCCCUACCCAACUCUCUUUCAUCGUCCCCUGCUUCCGGGUCCGGACGGACAUUAAAACUCCUGCGUCUUCAUCUUUCUCUCACUAAUCCGGGGAGAAAAAAGAAAAAAUGGCACCAGAUCAUCGUACUGGUGAUGAGAACAAUGGUGUAGUGAAUGAAGCAUGGGAUUACAGAGGCGACGCUGCUAAUGCUUCCAGGACUGGAGGGUGGAUCAGUGCUGCCUCGAUCUUAGGUGUGGAGCUUACUGAGAGGCUAACGACGCUUGGGAUUGCGGUAAACCUGGUGACCUACCUGGUUGGCAUCAUGCAUCUCGGCACUGCACAGUCGGCCAACAUCGUGACCAACUUCAUGGGCACGUCCUUCAUGCUCUGCCUAUUUGGCGGUUUCGUUGCCGACACCUUCUUAGGCAGAUACCUCACCAUUGCCAUCUUCACCACCAUUCAAGCCACGGGAGUCACCAUUCUAACAGUGUCCACCAUCGUUCCGAGCUUGAGGCCGCCACCUUGCUCCCCAGAUGGUUCAUGCGUGCAGGCAAGCAGCACCCAGCUCUCUGUUCUAUACCUUGCCCUUUACCUCACUGCCUUGGGCACCGGAGGUCUCAAAUCUAGCGUCUCCGGCUUCGGCUCCGAUCAAUUCGACGAGUCCUCGCCGCGCGAGAAGGCCAAGAUGAUCUCCUUCUUCAGUUGGUUCUUCUUCUUCAUCAGCAUCGGUUCUCUAGCCGCUGUCACCAUACUCGUGUACAUACAAGACAACAUUGGCAGGAAAUGGGGCUAUGGCAUCUGCGCCUGUGCCAUCCUCAUUGCACUGCUUUUCUUUGCAAGCGGAACCAGACGAUACCGCUUCAAGAAGCUAGCAGGGAGUCCCAUAACUCAGGUUGCUAGAGUCAUCUUCGCCGCGUGGAGAAACAGGCAGAGAGAUCUGCCAUCAGACCCCUCUCUUCUUUACCAGGGUGAAUUUGCCUCUGUUAAUGACGAUUCCAGAAAAAGGACCAUCACCAUUCUGGCACAUACCAAACAGUUCAGGUUUCUUGACAAGGCAGCAAUCGUUGAAGAUGACAUAGAGAAGAACAGACUCUGGAAUGUAGCUACAUUAACUCAAGUUGAAGAGGUGAAGAUGGUAAUCAGCAUGAUGCCCGUAUGGGCCACGACCAUAAUGUUUUGGACAGUCUACGCGCAAAUGACAACCUUCUCAGUGCAGCAAGCAACAACCAUGGACCGACACAUAGGGAAAUCCUUCCAAAUCCCUGCGGCAUCCUUGACCGUCUUCUUCGUCGGAAGCAUACUCCUAACAGUUCCCGUCUACGACCGGAUGAUCGUUCCGGUAGCCCGGAAGUUCACAGGCCGUCGCGAGGGAAUCACUACUCUCCAAAGAAUUGCAGUUGGCCUAGUUUUAUCCAUCUUAGCCAUGAUAGCUGCAGCUCUCACCGAGAUAAAAAGGCUCAAGGUGGCCCAUGCCAGCCGUGACCCCAAGGGAGCAGUGCCUCUAAGUGUGUUCUGGCUUGUGCCUCAGUUUUUCCUUGUGGGUGCAGGGGAGGCCUUUACUUACAUAGGGCAGCUUGAUUUUUUCCUAAGGGAGUGCCCUGCGGGGAUGAAGACCAUAAGCACAGGGAUGUUCCUUAGCACCCUGUCCCUUGGCUUUUUCUUCAGCUCAGCCCUGGUCGCCAUCGUUGAUAAGUUGACAACAGGAGAUGGUGCCAGUGGGUGGAUAUCGGACAACCUGAACAAGGGGAGGCUCCAUGACUUCUACUGGUUGCUCGCUGGCCUUAGUGUCCUGAACUUGGCCUUCUACCUCUUCUGUGCAAAGUGGUACGUUUACAAGGAGCAGAGGGUCUCGACUGCCAAUCUUGAGGACGAGGAUGCCAAAGAAUUAGAAGCGUGCUGCCAGGCAUGAAGUUAGGGAACAGAAUAAAAGCACUAUAGCUAUGUACAUACGCGACUCUUUUGAAACAAGAAGUUAUAGUCUAUUGGGUUGAGUAGGCUGAGUGGAGUCGCGAGAUAUAGUCUUUGUGUCCCAAACAGCCCAACACCAUAUGUUGCAGUAGUUUAUGGAAGCGUAUUUUCCAAUAGUUUGACCUUUUCUGCUUCAGUCAGAUAUAUACAGUACCAUAUGGAAUGUUGGAUAUUA